AUGGGUGUCCCGUUCGAAGCCCUGCUCCCUUACGGGAUCGUUGUUACUAUGUUCGGCGUGACCGGUGUCGGUCUAUGGGGAGUGAAAUACCUUGCGAAUGAUGGAAAGAAGGCCCGGUGGAACAGGGAUCUUUGGGAUAGAGUAAUGAUGGAGCGCGACCUCAGACUCACAGGAUCUCUCCGAGGUCAAUCGACAAAUGUGGAGGCGCCAAAGGGAUUCGAGCUGUCUAACCCAUGGAAGGUCGAAAAACGCCUCUAUUAG